AUGCAACGGCCAUCAGUGAGGGGUUUUGGACCUCUUUUUUCUGCUCAAGCUUUCCUGGAAAAUCCCACUGGUAUUUCAGGCUGCAGGAAAAUGUACUGGGGAAAUUAUGUUAGAAUUCUUUUCACUGUGAGUCUGGUCUGGCAAGCUGUUCCUUUAGGAAAAGGCCGUGAAAAAGAACGCGAAGAUGUGAAAAGCUUCAAUAUCACAGCACAAAAGCUGCAGCUCAAGAACGAAGGGGCGAUUGUAAAUGCUCUCAGUGACAUGAAUCAGAGUUACGAAAGCAGAAAGCAACAGGAUUCCAGGGCAGUGGUACCUUUCACAGGGAUUACGGAGAGCAAAAAACUGAACAGACAUUGCUGCCAAAACGGAGGGACCUGUAUCCUAGGGGCUUUCUGUGCUUGCCCAAAGCAUUUCACUGGCAGAUACUGUGAACAUGAUGAGCGGCAAAGCAACUGCGGCAGCAUUGCUCAUGGUGCCUGGGUGCUGAAAGGCUGUUGGCUGUGUCGAUGUGGCUAUGGUACUCUGAACUGCCUCUCACAAAUAAUGCACGAUAACUGUGAACUGAAAUCAGAAAAGGAGGAGAUUGACAGACUAUCUUCUAAUGGGCUGAGGCUACAGAAAACAGUGUUUGCACUCCCUUGCCUGCUCACCAUCCUCCUGGAGCUCUGCUGCUGGCAGUUGUGA